AAGUCUAAACCCUCUCCAGUCUCCCACCUACCCCGCCGCCGCGCCGCCGCGCCACAGCCGCGCGUGCAGCGAACGUCGGCGCCAGUGCCACGCUCAUGGCCGCCACCUCCCAUUCCCUCCUCUCCCCGGCGCCCACAUCGCUCCCCCGCGCCCGCAUCACCUUCCCCGUCGCCCGCGCCGUCGCCCUCCGCCGUCGCCCCUCUUUCCCGGCCGUCGCGGCGGCGGUCUCUUCGAUGGCGUCCUCGGAUGGCGAGGAGAAGAAGGAGACCAAGCUGUGGGGCGGGCGCUUCGAGGAGGGCGUCACCGACGCCGUGGAGCGCUUCACGGAGUCAAUCUCCUACGACUGGCAGCUGUACAAGUACGAUAUCAUGGGCAGCAAGGCCCACGCGUCCAUGCUCGCCGCCCAGGGUUUGAUAACCACCGGUGAUAGGGAUAUUAUCUUGGAGGGCCUAGAUCAAAUCGAGAAGCAGAUUCAAGAUGGCAAGUUUGAGUGGAGAAAGGAUAGGGAGGACGUGCACAUGAACAUCGAGGCAGCUCUGAUUGAGAAAGUUGGUGAGCCGGCCAAGAAGUUACACACUGCUAGGAGCCGCAACGACCAAAUUGUGACGGAUCUUAGGUUGUGGUGCCGCGAUGCUAUUGACAAGAUUUUGAUUCGCAUCAAACAGUUUCAGGUGUCUCUGGUUUUGUUAGCUUCAAAAUAUGUUGACUUAAUUGUCCCCGGUUAUACCCAUCUUCAAAGGGCACAACCUGUUUUGCUGCCACAUCUUCUCUUAUCAUAUGUUGAACAGUUGGAGCGUGAUGCUGGCCGGCUGCUCGACUGCAGGGAAAGAGUGAAUUUCUGCCCUCUCGGUGCUUGUGCUUUGGCUGGAACUGGACUCCCCAUUGAUAGGUUCAAAACCGCUAAAGAUUUGAAGUUUACAGCUCCGAUGAAGAACAGUAUUGAUGCAGUGUCAGAUCGUGACUUUGUUUUGGAGUUUCUUGCUGCCAACUCUAUUGCUGCUAUUCAUCUUUCCCGCAUUGGCGAAGAGUGGGUCUUGUGGGCAUCAGAGGAGUUCGGAUUCUUGACACCAAGUGACAAGGUUUCAACUGGAAGCAGCAUUAUGCCACAGAAGAAAAAUCCAGAUCCGAUGGAGCUUGUCCGUGGAAAAUCUGCUAGGGUUGUUGGUGAUCUCAUGACUGUCCUAGUCCUCUGCAAAGGCCUUCCACAGGCCUACAACCGUGACCUACAGGAAGACAAGGAACCCUUGUUUGACAGUGUGAAGGCCAUACUAGGAAUGCUUGAAGUAUGUAGCGAGUUUGCUCAAAACAUCUCUUUUAACUCGAAAAGAAUACAAAGCUCGCUGCCUGCCGGUUAUCUGGAUGCAACAACACUGGCAGAUUAUCUUGUGAAGAAGGGGGUUCCAUUCAGAACUUCUCACGAGAUAGUUGGAAGGUGCGUGGCCUUAUGCGUGUCGAAGAACUGCCAGCUGACAGAGCUUGAAAUGCACGACUUGAAAGCGGUUCACCCUGUCUUCGAGGCCGAUGUGUACGCCUAUUUGGGUGUGGAAAACGCCGUCAACAAGUUCAUAUCUUACGGUUCUACGGGUUCAGAACAGGUAAAGAAACAGCUUGAAGAUUGGCGCCUUCAGCUUGGGAUCAACCCAUAAGGCGCAGCAUCAACAGAGGAAUAAAUCCCCCCAAGUCUAGUGUGGCUGUUGCUUAUUUUGGGAGGUGGGUUGUAGUCUGUAAACCAGAGACGUUUUAUGAACGUGGUUCCUGUAAACUAUUGUGGCUGUUGCUUCAUUUGAGAGUUGGAGUGAUCCGUGCAACGUUUUAUUUGUAAGGCACAUGCAAUUUUACUGAAAUGGCUGUGUUUGAUCUCCA